GGUGCCGCCGAUGGACGUCGAGGAAGUGGUUCCAAAGUACUACAAGGCUGAAAGAGCGAAGGAAAUCGCUGCCAGGAAAGCACAUUUGGAUUCAAUUCUGAAAAAGUUGGGAAUUUUCGAUGAAGCAAAAACACAAAGUUCUGGUUUUAACGGAGGAUGAGGCUGUGCGUUUGAUCCAGACGCACGAGCGGGCAAGACAGGGCCGACUACGAGCAAAAUUGAUGCGCGAGUUGACGGGCAUUAAGAAUAAAAUGAGACCACCAGUUGCUGUCAAUGAGAAGAUUAAAACACCUGAAGAAGCCGCCCUGGUUUUCCAAAAGGUUUGGCGUGGUCUGCAGUCCCGUAGAGCAACCAAGCAAAGGAAGAUCGCGGAAAUGAUUCUCAUUGGAAUGGAGGAGUCACCGACUGUGGAAGAGCGGCAACGACGACGAGCGCGCGAAGUGGAGGAAUUGCGUCGGCAGUCGCAGGUGGUGUACAGAGAACGCUUUGAGAAGGCUAUGGUCGAAGAGAGGCUGCGUGCCGAGCAGUUGCACACCAUCAGCCUCACGAAGCGGAUCACCACCGAAAUACGCACUUGGUUCAUGGAGUACAAGAAUGGUACAGGCAAGUUUCCGGACCUGCCGACCGAGGAGAUGGGUGGUUCAGUGAUUUUGUUCGGCGGCGGUGAUGGAAUAGAGCAGGGAGUGGCUGAGAGCGAGGCCAGCAAGUCAACAGUAGCAUCCAAUCGCGAUGGCAAGGGCAAAAAGGACAAGGGCAAGAAGUCCAAAGAGAAAGAAAGUAAGAAAUCGAAGGACGCGCUUGAUGAUGACCCUGGCUUCAAAAUGCAGCCCUCCGCUUUCCUGCCCACGAUCCUGUCGGACAACUCUGAGUUCGAUGAGGAGUGGAGGAGCAAGAAUGAAACAGAUAAUCCUUUGCAGCAUCACUACGCAGACAUGAUUGAGAAAGAAAAGCUGGAGGAAGUUGAGAGGGAAAUCAGAAAAGUGAUUGAUGAAGCCUUGAGAGCCGAGCUGGAGCUUCUGAAAGCUGCACUGGACCGCGACAGAGCGAAACGUGGAAAGAAAGUGAAGAAAAGUGGUAAAAAGAAGGGUCGAAAGGGCGGAAAAAAGGGCAAGAAAAAACGCGAAAAGGACCUGACGCCCGACCGAACCUUAGACUCGUUGUUUGAAGAGCUGGUCACUCAGGGCAUCAUCAAGUACUAUCCCGAGACGCCACUCUCCUCUUUCUUCGGCGAUCCCUCGCUCAUCAUGCACGAGCAAAAGGCGCAGGGCAAGGAGCCCAUUCCUGCACUCGGCGACGUACGCAGGCUCAUCAACGAAUACUGUAUUUUGCCUAUGGGCUCUAAGGAAAUUCACCAGUCAGCUCCUCUGGUACGAUCCGUCCUCUUGACCGGUCCAGCAGGUUGCGGAAAAGAUCUAUUAGUUCACGCAAUCUGCUCUGAGCUAGGAGCGGUUUUAUUUGACUUGACUCCCGCAAACGUAGCCGGCAAGUACCCUGGAAAAGCGGGACUUACAAUGCUUGUCCAUCUCAUCAAUAAGGUUUCUCGUUUGGUUCAGCCAUCAGUGUUGUACAUGGACACAGCAGAAAAACCUUUCUUGAAAAAAGUGCCAAAGCAAGACAAAAGCGAUCCGAAGCGGCUUAAGAAAGAUUUGCCAAAGAUCGUCAAAGGUAUCAGCUCAGACGAUCAGGUCAUUCUAGUUGGCUGCUCCAAUAAUCCUUGGGAAUGUGAUCAAAAGGCACUCACUCAAACCUACAACAAAAUCAUCGUGCUGCCCAAGCCAGACUACGCUUCAUUGUCGGCGAUGUGGCGGUAUCGUUUGAUGCAGUAUCCGGCCGUCAGCAGGCAGUUCAACACUGGGGUAAUGGCCAAGCUCUGCGAUGGCUAUGCAAUGGGAACGGUUGUAAAGGUCAUCGACGAGGUGUUGAAGUGUAAGCGGAUUUUGCAGCUGAAGACGCAACCGCUUACGCACGUUGAGUUUAUAAACUGUCUGGCUAAGUAUGAUCCGAUAUUCAGGGAAGAGGAAGAGUGCUACGCGCAGUGGUACGCAAAAACACCUCUAGGAAAAAAGAAGAUCAGGGCACUUGAGUUGGAGGAAGAAAUGAAAGCGGAGAAGGAAAAACGCAAGAAAAAGAAAUAAAAUGUUGUAGAAAAUAAAAUUAAGAGGUUUUUAUAUAGUGGACCAUCAAAC